AGAUGUUUAGUACAGUGUAGGAACUAGGGUUUUAAAACUUCACAUCUGAAUAUAACCCUCGGUUCUGCCUUUUAACGCCUCUCUCUGUGUGUUUCUGCUAUCCGUUCAAGAGUAAGCGAAAAUAAUGGAGAAAACAAAAGGCAGAAAGGAGGAGGUGGUUACUAGAGAGUACACAAUCAACCUCCACAAGCGCCUGCAUGGCUGCACCUUCAAAAAGAAGGCUCCAAAGGCCAUAAAGGAGAUAAGGAAGUUUGCUCAGAAGGCUAUGGGGACAACUGAUGUGAGAGUGGACGUUAAGCUGAAUAAGCAAAUCUGGAGCAGGGGGAUCCGGAGUGUCCCAAGAAGGAUUAGGGUUCGCAUUGCUCGCAAGAGGAAUGAUGAUGAAGAUGCUAAAGAAGAGCUCUACUCUCUUGUCACUGUUGCUGAAAUCCCAUCAGAAGGCCUCGGAGGCUUGGGCACCAAGAUCAUUGAAGAUGAGGAUUAAUCCAAAUUGUGUUUCUUAAUAUUUCAAAUUACAGGUUAGAUUGAAAAAGAAAAUGGGAGAUUUUGCAAAUGUUGAGUGCUUGCAGACAGCUUACUUUUGUUAUUUAGAUGACUUCUCUCGCCGUUGUUUAAAUUUUUCAGGUUUUACCAUUUUUGUUUCUGCCAUGCUUAAACUUAUCUUUUUUGGGUCAUAAUGUGCUUCUACAGUCAUGUUCAUUUCAUCCCAAUAGCGGCUACUUUCAGUGAAAAUUGAGUUGUUUUUCUUUGAUA